AUGCGGCGGCAUAGCCUCUCCUGCUUUGGCCUUCUUGGUGCCUUAACGCUGUUCUUGUUGCUUGACUCCACAGUUAGAGAAUUCGUGACGGAUGACACGACGGGUAGCACACACGUGACGAAUCACCCUCAGGUAUUCCUUCCCCACCCGAUCGGUCUGCAGUCUGCCCCUUCCUUGCAAGCAUCGGCAUGCACACGUUUUUUAUAUAACGCGUCGUCGAAGGAAUUGGCGGGAAACGGCCGUGCGCUGCUUGCAUUGCUUCUUACAAGUUUACAGUAUCAUGGUGUGAGGCGGUUGAAAGAGACUCUUCCUACUUGGAUGGAUAACUUCUUGGUGGCACAGGGCAACGUGGAUAUGGUGAUUUUCUAUGCUUAUUCCACGGUAACUGCUGCGCGGUUGGUGGAGACAUUCGGCCUCGCAAAGGCUUCCACGGGGCAAUUGACUUCCCUUGAAAUUCAAUUCCGCAAUUUGCGGGCUGACGUCGCUGCAGAUGUGUCCCUGACAGCAGAGGAGUGGGCGUCCCUGGGGGAUGGAUAUUUUUAUUUGCCGUCAGUGCAGCCAAUGUUUGUGUUUCGUUUAGUUCCCGUGAACGUGACCUUUCCACUCUACAUUCAGGCAAACAGGUCGCUGCUGGAGGAUCCGACGUGGUUGCGUUGUGGUUGUCCACCGUUCUGCCCGCUGCACCGAUCGCCGCCGGAGUACAUUCAAGGCACACGAUGGUAUUCGCACGCACUUUUUGAUCAGCCGAUUGUGCGGCGCUACAGUUUCUGGGUGAAGCUAGACGUUGACGUGGCAUUUUUUUUGCGGCUGCAAAACAAUCUCGUGCAUCUGCUCCUGUCAAGUGGUCGACUGCUGGGACACACCGGUUACACCUACAAUGGUCACGGCUGCAGCGACGAGUUGCAGGACGCGAUAUGGAAGUUUCUGAGAAGUCACAACACACAGGCAGUGAGCGCUAGCCAAGACUGGUGGUUAUCUGAUGACAGAACAUAUUACACCAACUUUGUUGUGGGGUCCGUUAACUUUUUUCUUCAGCCUGCGGUACGGGAAUUGACGGCCUACCUAAACGAGUACCGUGACGGCUUCUUUAAGCACCGCUGGACGGACCAAAGUCUCCUUCAUAAGGUUAUGGGUGUCUUUUGCGGCCCGCACGAAGCGACUUUUUCUCUCAACUGGGAGAAAUUGCGGUGCUCAAAGAAGCGAACCACACCGGACGCCGUGUUUUACCACAGCAAGCGAAGGAAGCGAAUUCGUCCAGGGAAACCUUGUCGAUUGUAA